CCAGCCACACACACAUCAGUACAUCACCGCAGACGCCGAGAAAGACACGCCGCAUUCGUAACGCAGCUCCCGUGUUGCCUAGCGCGGUGCUGAUUACCGAGCCGUUGGGAGCUGAGAGCUACUCGGUGCAGCUGAGUGCCCGAGUGCUCCUCUGUCCUCUGUCCUCUACACUCCUCCCCUCUCCUCUCGCUCGGCCGAGAAGGAUAGAUAGACCUCACCUCCCCCUCUCCCCCCACCGUGUUCUUGGGGCAGACGCGCCGAGAUGGAGCAUAUCGCGAGGUUCUUCUUCGGGGUCUCAGGCAAUGUUAUCGCUCUGUUCCUCUUCCUGUCGCCGGUCAUCACCUUCUGGAGGAUCAUCAAGAGGAAGUCGACGGAGGACUUCUCCGGCGUGCCAUACAACAUGACGCUGCUCAACUGCCUCCUAUCCGCAUGGUACGGGCUGCCGUUCGUGUCCCCGAACAACAUCCUGGUGACGACGAUCAACGGCGCGGGGUCGGUGAUCGAGGCCAUCUACGUGGUCAUCUUCCUCAUCUUCGCGGAGCGCAGGGCCAAGGUCCGGAUGCUGGGCCUGCUCAGCGUGGUCACCGCCAUCUUCGCCACGGUGGUGCUGGUGUCGCUGCUGGCGCUGCACGGCAAGGCCCGCACAGUCUUCUGCGGCCUCGCCGCCACCGUCUUCUCCAUCUGCAUGUACGCCUCGCCGCUCUCCAUCAUGAGGUUGGUGAUCAAGACCAAGAGCGUGGAGUACAUGCCGUUCCUGCUGUCCCUGUCCGUGUUCCUCUGCGGCACCUCCUGGUUCAUCUACGGCCUGCUCGGCCUCGACCCCUUCAUCUACAUCCCCAACGGGUGCGGGAGCUUCCUGGGCCUGAUGCAGCUCAUCCUCUACGCCAUCUACCGGAAGAACAAGGGCCCCGCCGCCGGCGCCGGCAAGGGGGAGGACGCCGACGAGGCCGACGAGGUGGAGGACGCCAAGAAGGCGGCAGCUGCAGUGGAGAUGGGCGAGGCAAAGAUCAAGGUCGACGACGACACCGCCGUCGUCGACGAGCCGGCCGUUGUCGACAAGGUCGCCGCGCAGGUGUAGCCGCCGCCGUUGCAGAGAGAGCUUGCAUGGAGUGACAGCAGCAUAAGUGCGCUGCUUAAUUAGUUAGUAGAGCUAUUAUGCUACGCAGAUCGUGGGUGUCUGCCUUGUUGAUUUGUUUCUUGACUUGGUACGUACACGUACAUUUGCCAGAAAGAAAGCUGGUGCGGAACCCUCUCCCCAAAGGCCAGCCUACGGGAGAGCUAUGAAACAGUACUCCGAAAAUCUCAAACUGUAACUGCAAGUGUGAAUUACUACCUCUGCUCUGUUUCUCUGUGU